AUGCCGGUAUUAAAGCACACGCAUACCCCCGCUUCCCAGCAGGAGGUGAACUGCGUAAACUCCAUCUGGGCCAAUAUUCGAUAUACCCUCUUCGGUGGCGAUGAUGGUCUCUGCACCACCGACCCUAAGACGACCUACUGCCUUCACAUUAUCGACAUUGCUACAAAUACGCAGAAAGGGGUGUGUAUACCAAAGAAAUCUUCACAUACUGGGGAUGGCGAGAUGUUAUUCCUCCAUGCGAAUGAAGAAUACAGCACAACGAUCCACCACCCAAACAACAAAAUUAGUAGGAAAGAAGAUAUAUAUAUCCUCGGUGACCAGGAAAUCCUGAUCGGCGGUGAUGGAACUAGGACACCCGGCACCAAAACCCAGGAACUCUCAAUUCAAACACGCUCCGAUCUUCACCACCGGCGCGCCGCCGCCAGCGAAGAAUCCACUCCUUCUGGAAUUCCGAUAGACCCGGUACCCCCCUCUGACGCCGAGCUGCCAACAGCGGCUAUCGCAGGUGGAGUUGUGGUAGGAGUUCUUGUAAUCGUCGCUCUCUGCUCUCUGGGUUUUGUUUGGCGCCGCCGCCAGAAAAAGAGAAACCAGCCAAAAGUCGACACACAUGAGGGUAAGCCCGAUGAGACGGAAUUAGGGCUGGUAGUGUCCGCGUUUGGAGACCCUACACAGUUUACUAGCAUUGAAGAGAGAUUAGAGGAGGCAAGAACGGAAGGGAAGAAUAAAGGGAAGGAGAACGGGUCAGCUGAAGCAGACAUUAACGCGGGUGGAGCAGCUGUCGGUCGCGGAGGGCAUAAUGCAAGAGGUGUAGCGGAGGGGGUUAAUCUAAGCGGGGCGAAAAGAGACGAGAUGAGUGUGACAGCUUUGCCGGCGGAAAGCUCUAAACCAGAAGUAUCCAAAUCCGAAAUACAGCCGGUCCGAGACUGA